AUGCGUUCUGUACUCGCGUUCGUCGCUGUUGUCCUCAGCAUGGCGCUCGGAAUCAGUGCUGCCCCUCUCGCAUGGGACAGCGGUUCGGCAGCCUCGCAGAUAGAGCGGGAUCUCUCAGGCCUCAGACGGAGCGCUGAUCCGGCGGCUGCCGAUUUAAGUGGAUUGAAGCGGUCGAGCACCGAUUUAUCUGGACUGAAGCGUUCGAGCACGGACUUUUCCGGUCUAAAGGAACGGUCGAGCACCGAUCUAUCUGGUCUCAAGCGGUGGAUCAUCGAGCUCGUUGAGAGAGCUUCCACCGACCUCAGUGGACUGAAGAGGGCAGCCACCGACCUCUCAGGCCUGAAGCGUUCUACUGCCGACUUGUCAGGCCUUAAGCGAUCGGCUACUGACCUCUCUGGACUCAAGAGAGCGACUACCGACCUCUCGGGCCUGAAGCGAUCUACCACUGAUCUCUCUGGUCUCAAGAGAGCGGCUACCGACCUCUCGGGUCUGAAGCGAUCUACCACUGACCUCUCUGGUCUCAAGAGAGCGACUACCGACCUCUCAGGCCUGAAGCGAUCUACCACUGACCUCUCUGGUCUCAAGCGUUCCACGACAGAUCUGUCAGGCUUGAAGCGCUCCGGCACCGAUCUCUCUGGAUUGUAG